AUGGCAAUGCAACAAAUUAGUCAAGUCGAUCAGGCCAAACUCCAAAUGAUGCAAGACAUGGAAAUCGAAAUGAUGUCCGAUUUAUAUAACAGGAUGACAAAUGCCUGCCAUAAAAAGUGUAUAGCACCGAAAUAUGGUGAUUCGGAGUUAGGAAAAGGUGAGAUGGUUUGCAUUGAUCGUUGCGUAGCAAAGUACCUGGAUAUUCAUGAAAAAAUUGGGAAAAAGCUAACAGCCAUGUCGAUGCAAGAUGAAGACCUUAUGAAAAAGAUGUCCUCUUAAAAAAAUAUGAGUUCCAAAGUUGUUGCUAUUGUUUUUUAAUUAGCUUUAAGUACCUGGUAAAACAAAUUAAUAAAUAAAACAACAUAAAAAAGGAAAUGAUAACACACCUGCAACCAACUACACAAAUUAAUGAAUUCAGUCAGGUCAUUUGAUGGAUUUACAAAAGACAAAAGUAAUCAAUAGUUUUUUUUAUUUUUGUUUGUGUUUUAACUGGCAAAGUUAUUCCAGUUUUAGUUGUAUUGAAUAAAAAAAGAAAAAAAUAAUAAUUGA